AUGUUCAUAAAACGUUCACUCUGGAAAUUCAAGGGGAAACCUUUGCUUAGAGGAUACUAUCAGUCCAUCGUUUCGGCCCAAGCAGUCGCGGAAACCCGGGAGAAACGCACCUAUUCCACCAUGACACCACAUGGAGCAUUUUGCUACGAACGUGAAGGAAACAUGGCAAGCAUUCCCUUUGAACCUCUUGACGAGAAUGACCCAAUCGUCAGAAAAAUGGAAAGUCAGCAGCUUUGGUUCCAGAAAUACAUAAAAUCUAUACCAGAUGGCUACGUCUUGCCUGCAUAUUACAGGGAAUUCCAGAAGACCAACACGUUCACACCACGAGAAGAUGACAUUUGGAUCGUCACGUUUCCCCGAUCAGGCACAACAUGGACUCAAGAAUUGACUUGGUGUAUCGUCAACAUUGAUAAGAUAGAGGAUGCGCGCAAGUUGCCCCUCUGGUUCCGAACUCCAUUCUACGAGUGGGACUGCAUGGUACCUCCAGAUGGACUUCCAGAUCUGUCGAAACUGGUCAUUCCAUUUGACACCAUCGAGGAGGCAGACAAGCACUUCCAGAAACCCGGGAACAUGGUUCCUCACCUCGAAAGCUUACCUUCUCCCAGAGUUAUCAAGACGCAUUUGCCAGUUUCACUACUGCCUCCUGAAGCCCGGAAGAAUAAGGCAUGUAAAGCGUGGGACUGCAUGGUACCUCCAGAUGGACUUCCAGAUCUGUCGAAACUGGUUAUUCCAUUUGACACCAUCGAGGAAGCAGACAGGCACUUCCAGAAACCCGGGAACAUGAUAAUCUACGUGGCAAGGAAUCCGAAAGACUCAUGGGUAUCCUUCUACCAUCUGAAUCGCAGUUUCGAGAAUUUCGUUGGAACAAUGGAUGAUUUCAUCGAGCAACACAUCAAAGGAAUAGUUAUAUCAGAAUUAACGCCAUCUCCGUCCCACAGGCAUGUGGAGUCCUCAUUGGAAACAUGUCCGAGAACACUGGAAAAUGAGGAACGAGCCGAAUGUCUGCUUCCUCACUUUCGAAUCCUUGAAAAAGGUAUGUCCGAGGAAACCAAUUUGCUUCUCCCUCUCCGGGAGCUAAGUGCUACGGAUCCUAACCGACAGAAUGUGGACGAGGCGAUCGAGAAGAUAGCCCGGUUCCUCGGGAAGGACCUCACACAGGAACAGCUGAAGGCCGUGAAGGAAGAAGCUUCGAUCGAGCGAAUGAGGGAAAAGGCGCCCGUGACUGGAGAUAACUACAGGUGGAAAAACCUGCUUGGUGAAGAUUCGACUAAACCUUUCGUACGUGACGGUCAAGUUGGCGGCUGGCGGAAUGAGCUCACCGAGGAACAAAUAGAGAAGAUCGACAAGUACAUUCAGGAUUACUUCGAGGAAAUGGGACUAUACGAUACGCAGAAAUGA